AAUAUUCAUGUGCCUAAAACUGCAGGAUUGAAUUAGGAUUCUUCCUUGAUUCUUCCACAGCCUGCCCUGUACAGACAUCACAAAAUCACUUAAAAAAAAACUUGUUUCUUCAUUUAUAACCCAGCAAUUUCUGUCUCACAGAGAGGUGCAAGGUUAGCUGAGGCAAAGCUGGUAAAAUCUAGAGGGAAAGUGCUAUGAAAGCUUCAUUCCACUGCACUGACUGAACUCCCCUGAGUGUAGUGGGGAGUUGGGAGUUUGAGCUUUUCCACGAGGGCUCUUCAGGCAGAGCUGGGGGCAGAGGGGCACUGGCUGCCAGUGUUGCUGUAAUUUGGUGUCAAGACUUUAUGGAGCAAAAGGAAUGAUUGUGGAAGGCUCUCCUCUUGCAGUGUACUCUGUUUUUCAUAACCCAUUGUAGAUACCAGUUUUCCAGGAAAUUCAGCUGUGGAAAAGGAGCUGCUGCAGAGUUGUGGGUGCUGUGCCCAGGCUGUUACAGUGAGACACUGGUGGGAAAGGUGAGCUGUGCUCUAAAUGAUUGUUGGCCUUUGCAAAUGCUGCUGAAAAGAUACCCUUGUCAUUUAUUUGUGGGAAAACUGCGUAAGCAGCAGCUGGCUUUGUCCUUUUUCAGGAUUAAAUUGAUUUGUCUCUAGAAUAAAACCUCCCCAGGCUAAACUGGUCAAUCAACAGACACACUGAUUACCAACAGCAAGGGCACAGCUGACACAGGUACUGCAUCUUUUUUUAGUGUAAAGCUAAUUUAAUGACAAUAAACACAGGCUGGAAGAAUCUCUGAGCAUCUCUGCCCUACUCCUAAUGAUAACAAGGAAAAACUCUCCAUAAACUUAGAAAGCAGAACAAAGAGGGGAGUGGGAAGCUAACGGGAACAUGUGUCACGCUGCCAUGGCAUCAGAGCCUCUGUGUUCUCCAGGCUUUUUGAAAAAACACUGAGUGAGUUCUGAGUUCAGCUCCAGGGCUGUGGGAAGGAGGGAGGCAGGCUCAGGUCUUCUGGUGAUGCUCAGCAUCAUCACAAUGGCAUUGUCAGCAUUGUCACAUAACCCAGCUGCUUGCUGGGCUGCUCUUCUAUUGCUGCCAUGGCCACAGCCUGUCAUUUGGGAAUCAUGGGUGAUGUUCCUUGCUUUGCCAGGACUUGAUUCCCUUUCCCUUUCUUGUCAUAAUUAUGCUGGAAGCUUGAGGACAUCCAAAAUUAGAGGCAUCAGUAUAGAAAUCACCCUUUUCAGCUGAAGAGACCUGUAUCUAAACUGAGAGUGAGUUCUUGCUGCCACCCGUUUUCCUGGAGGAAGAUGUUAACAGCUGGAAAGCCUUUGAAGAGCCUCUUCUAAUUUUGUAUCUUCUUUUGUCCCCUGAAAUCAGCUGCACACACCUAUGGCUGUGACUUUCAUUCCUUUUAGUCUUUCUGACCCACUGCACAAGGAGACUUUCUGGACCCCAGCAGGUCCUUCAGUGGGACAGAUUAGAGAACAAAACCAGAAUUAAUCUAAAAUCACUGCUUAUGUGUUGCUGCUGACUCACGAUGCCACUACCAUCUUUCUCCUCCCCCAUCAGCCAUUCUGGCUUCUGCUUUUUUUAAUUUAUCUGUCUUUUCCUUCCCUUUCCUGUCUCAGGGUAUAGCUGAGUAGUUUGCCCUUUUUUCUCAAACCAGUUUUGUUCCUGGAGUUAUCUUUUCUCUAGUCAGAAUACAGAGGGAGGCUGCACCCAAGACAGGUUUUCUCAGAGCCAGGACACAGCAGGAGAAUCAAGGAAUCUUUUGUGACUGCAGGGGUGAAGGUUGGUGAUACAGAAUGGCUGAUAUUAACAGGGAAUAAGAGUUUAUUUCACGGCUCUGAGGUGAAGUGUCAGCUCCUGUGGGUGUUAGAUUUGGUGUCUGCCUGGUCAGACAGGACACAGGGAUCUCCCAUGCUGGGAGGUGGAGAAGGAAGAGUGAGUUGCUCAUAAAGCAGAGGCAACAGCUGAUUAGGGCACUUCUGCAUUCUCACUCUUGACGUCCUUGGUCUCACCACCACUGCCCCACUGCUCCGAGAGUCCCAGGGGCUGCUUGUUUGGUUUUUUGGUGGUUUUUUUUUCCAGACAGGACAGUACUCCUCACUGAUUCCCCUCACUGCUGACAUGCUGGAAGAGGAUAACGACGAGAUCUGUUGGAAUAACCUGGAGAACUUCCGUGUGAAGCUGAUCUCAGUGAUUGACCCGUCCCGGAUCACCCCUUACCUGCGCCAGUGCAAAGUGCUCAGCCCUGAUGAUGAGGAGCAGGUUCUCAACGACCCCAGCCUGGUCAUGCGCAAGCGGAAGGCAGGUGUUCUCCUGGACAUUCUUCAGCGAACAGGACACAAGGGCUUUGAGGCAUUUAUGGAGAGUCUUGAGCUUUAUUAUCCCCAGCUGUAUAAGAAAAUAACUGGCAAAGAGCCCAGCAGGGUUUUCUCCAUGAUUAUAGACACGGCUGGCGAGUCUGGCCUGAGCCAGGUGCUGAUGAACGAGAUCAUGAAGCUGCAGAGCGCGGUGCAGGAGGAGCGGCGCAAGGCGCAGGAGCUGGCGGUGUGGCUGCACUCCAAGGAGGACACCCUCAGGGAGAUGUGGGUCAGGGACAGCCUGCUCCGCAAGCACCAGGAGCGCGCCCAGAGGAUGAAGGAGGAGAGGGACAGCCUGAGCAAGGAGCUGCGCAAGUGCAAGGACGAGAACUACAGCCUGGCCCUGAGCUACGCCAAGCAGAGCGAGGAGAAGAGCGCGGCCCUCAUGAAGAACAGGGACCUGCUGCUAGAGAUUGACCAGCUGAAGCACAGCCUCAUGAAGGCUGAGGAUGACUGCAAGCUGGAGAGGAAGCACACCAUGAAGCUGAAACACGCCAUAGAGCAGCGCCCCAGCCACGAGGUGGUGUGGGAGAUCCAGCAGGAGAAGGAGCUGCUCUUGGCCAAGAACCAGGAGCUGGAAAACACUCUCCAGGUUGCCAGGGAGCAGAACUUGGAGAAGAACCUCUCCAAGGAAACCCUGGAGAAUGACUGCAGCCAGACUGUGGCAGAACGGCGGGAGCUGGUGAACACCAUUUACAGCCUGCGCAAGGAGCUGCGCCGGGCCAGGGUGCUCCAGGACAAAUUUGCAGAGGAAAAAGAGGUGCUGGAGCUACAGUGCACAUGUCUGAGGAAGGACUCCCAGAUGUACAAAAAACGGAUUGAAGCUGUCCUGCAGCAGAUGGAGGAAGUGGCUUCGGAGAGAGACCAGGCUCUCCUGACCCGAGAGCAGUUCCACAUGCAGUACUGCAAGAACCUGCUGGAGAGAGACGCCUACCGCAAGCAGGUCCGGGAGCUGGGGGAGAGAUGUGACGAGAUGCAGCUGCAGCUCUUCCAGAAGGAGAGCCAGCUCCUGGCCACUGAGGCCAAGCUGAAAAGGCUGCAGCUGGAGCUGCCCACUCUGACCUCUGACCUGGAUGACUCCUCCUCCAGAGAUUCCCAGGAACUUGUUCUUCACAGUCACCUGGAUGAAGACGCACAGACAGCUAAACAAGAUUGCCUGGAAGUACAAAACCAGGAACUCAGCCCUCAAGAGAGCCAUCUGCCCCCAAAAUCACCCAGUUGUGUCUUGGCCAACGAGGAACUGGCAGAAAAGGAGAGGAGGAGGAUGAAGGACUGCUUUGAGCGUUACCGAAGAAAAAGAGCAAUGAGAAGGGCGCCCAAGGACCGGCACCACGAGGCGGAUUGGGAGAACACCUCUGGCAGCGACAACACCGACACCGAGGGCUCCUGAGAGAGGGACAGCACCUUGGAAAGGGACACCACGGCCACCAGAGGCUCCUGGGGAGCCAAUCUCUGAGGGGAACACCAGCUUCUACAGGGUGGCCAUGCUUCUCACUUUCACUCACAACGGACAGUUUAGAUUCUAAAACCAUCCAAACACCCAUUUAUGAAAAGCACUACAGUGACACUAUUGUCUGGCUCUGACAGCACCUCGGUCAAUAAACAGGUUGAAAUGCCUACGUGUGACACAGGCCGAGCUGAUUAAUUACGGGUUAA